UGGUGGUCAUUCUGGGUAAUACAAGUGUCAGCUUGCAUUCUGAUCUAUUAAUAACUGAAGUUUUAUUUGAACAACAACCUUGUGACUGUUUCCACAAAGCAAGGGCAUUUAAUUUUGAGUUGUCCCUGUAGUAUUUUACAUAAAAGGGAUGCAAGACUGAUUUAAGUUAUGAAAGUUUUACUUGACCUCUGCUUGGACCCCUGUGACUCACUGCUGUUCCAGUGAAUGGUGCCAUGUCAAGGGACACAUUUCCUUUCACUUCUACCUCACUGCGCUCUCUGAGACUGGAGCAGCAGUUUCAGGAGUGGGAGGAUUCUCGGCGAGCGUUGGGUCAAAGGAGAGCCCUGACCAGGGCUCCGCUGCCCCGGGCCCCCAGGCCUCCUCCCAGGCAGCAGCGGCUCCAGGAGGUCCGGGCCCCUCCACCCCAGGCUCGGUGCAGAGACACUGCUGUCCACAACACCUUCAUGUGUGGGGACAUGAAAGGAGUGUAUGCAGUGCUGAAGGACCCUGCGAUGGUCAACGCCCUGAUGGAGACGGUGCAUGAGGAGAUGGUGUGGACUCCAGAGAUGGGCAUGUGGACGCUGAGCUCCAAGGUGAAGCAAACUUCAGCAUUACGUCUGGCUGCCAGCAGAGGACACGCAGGGUGUGUGGAGGAGCUGCUGUUUCGAGGAGCUGACGUGAACGCUGACCCCGGAGGAAAGACGGCCCUCCAUGACGCCUGUAUAGGCGGCCAUGCUGUCUGUGUCCAGCUGCUGCUUUCUCAUGGAGCAGAUCCUGAACUGCUUGCUGCAGACGGCAGCGCUCCUCUUCACUUCUGCACCUCUGUCCAGUCAUUCCAGUGUGCUGAGCUGCUGUUAGAGGGAGGUGCAGAGGUCAAUGUGAGGAUGAGGGAGUCAAGGAUCACACCUCUGCAUGUGGCCGCUCGGCGAGGCCUGGAGGAGCUUGUGGAGCUCUUCCUCAGCCACGGGGCAGAUGUGUUAGCCACAAAUCGAGAGGGGGAGACCCCUUUGAACGCUGCGUGCGCCGCUGCAGAGAGGCCCUCUGAGGCCGGACGCUAUUUACGUGUGAUCCAAAAGCUGCUGGGUGCAGGAGCUGACCCCAGAACUGCAGGCAGGAAGCAGCACACCCCACUGCACAACGCCUGUGGAAACUGCAGCCCCCGCAUUGUAGACGUCCUCCUGCAGCAUGGAGCCAAGGCAUAUGUUGCCAACUGUGCAGGAUACACACCAUUGGACUGUCUGUUACAGGUGGUUGAAGAUUACCCGGACCAGCAACCAGAAGCAAUAGCACGGUCACUUCUGAACCAUGGAGCUAAACCUGUUUCACCAAAGAUGUUGAAGCAGUGUGUCCUCUCUCCGGCCACUCUGGAGGUGAUGCUGAACUCGUAUACAUCUAUCCCUCCCUGUGAGUGGAUGGUCUCUUUAUCCAGUGAGAUACAUGAGGAGCAGAGGUCUUUCUUGGACUUGGUGCAUCAGCGAAGCGGUCAGCCUCGCUCUCUGCAGCAUCUCUGUCGAUGUGCUUUACGCCUGCACCUCGGAGCCCGAUGUUACUCGGUGGUCAGUGAACUGGACAUUCCCAGCUCUGUGAGGGAUUACCUGCUGCUGUGUAACGAUGGGACGCUCCAGUAACUUCAUAUACUUUUUUAAAAGUAUGGUGCCUCUUUGGAAAAACAUUAGAGUAACUUGUUUCUUAUUUUAAACUAACA